UCGCUAACUUUUUACCCUGUAUAAAACAACAUUCAACAUUCAACAUUCUGAGUUCAGAGUUCAGAUCAUACAGUCCUUAAAAAAAAUGGCUAAUGGCAAUAGAGCACAGGCCACACAACGGCCAAGAAGACAUUUUAACCUAAAAAGUCGUGUUGCCACUUGCUUCUUAGCCCUUAUUGUUCUUUUUGGAAUAAGCCUGCUGAUCAUUUGGCUUGUCAUCGGGCCAAAAAAAUUUGUUUACACCCUUGAAAAUGGUUCAGUCCAAAAUUUCAACCUAACCGAUAACCAUCUCAAUGCCACGUUCGAUUUUGUUCUUAGGGCAUACAAUCCUAAUGGCAAAGUCUCUGUCUACUAUGAUUACAUGGAGUCCACGAUGACAUACGAAGAUCAAACUGUAGCGUUCAAUACGAUUGACCCCUUCUUUCAACCUCAUAGGAAUGUGAGUCGAGUAGAAACGAAGCUCGUGGCUCUGAAUUUGACAUUGUCACCAUCAACAUUUAAGGACCUCAGGAUUGAAAAAUCAUCCGGGGAGAUUGAAUUUGAUGUUUAUUUUAAGUCACGGAUUCGGUUCAAGGUAGGUUUAUGGAAGUCUAAUCAUCUUACUCAAAGGAUUGUGUGUUCCUCCGUUACAGCGUACUUAUCUUGGUACAAACAUUUUGAGAAGAUACCAUGUGAAGUAAAAGAUUACAUGGCUGAAUUGUUCUAA